AUGUUACUAACAGUAGUGUGCGUGCCAUUAAUCUGGGGAUUAGUUGGGUUGCAAGAGUCCGCGGCACAGAAUGUUACGGGGAAAGACGAGUGGUGGAGAGACUCGUUUAUCUACCAAGUGUAUCCAAGGAGCUUCAAAGACAGCAAUGGAGACGGCGUGGGUGACUUGAAUGGCAUAACGAGCAAGCUUGAGCACUUGGUAGAUUUGGGCGUGGGUACAGUUUGGCUGUCACCGAUCUACGCAAGUCCGAUGGUAGAUUUUGGGUAUGAUAUAUCUAAUUUUACGGCAAUUGAUCCUAUUUUUGGAACGAUUGAUGACUUUAAGCGCCUGACCACGAGGGCUAAAGCGUUGAAGCUUAAAGUUGUGUUGGAUUUCGUGCCGAAUCACAGCUCGGAUAAGCAUCCCUGGUUCGUUAAAAGUAUCCAGCGUAUCAAGCCUUUUGAUGAGUAUUAUGUCUGGAAGGACGCCAGGAUAGUAAAUGGAACGCGAAAGCCGCCCAACAAUUGGCUGAGUCAAUUUCAAGGUUCCGCCUGGGAAUGGAAUGAUCAACGCAAGCAGUACUAUUACCACCAGUUCUCUUCAAGGCAACCGGAUUUCAAUUACAGCAGCGCUGCUUUGCAGGAAGAAAUGAAAAACGUCUUACGCUUCUGGCUGAACCGUGGAAUUGACGGUUUCCGUAUCAGCGCGAUUAAUUAUCUGAUCGAAGACCCACACUUUCUAGACGAACCCAAAAGUUCAAGUGCUUCCUUUUUACCGGUCACUGAUCCAAACUCUCUGAAGCAUAUUUACACAGUGGAUCGUGAUCAAAACUAUGAUAUUCUUCAAGCCUGGCGCCAGGUUCUCGACUCAACCAAUGGAACCCGCAAAGUAAUUAUCACCGAAGCCUACACAACUCCUUACUUCACAAUGAAGUUCUACCAGCACGGAUCCAACAUUCCCUUCAACUUCAACUUGAUUCAUAAGAUUAAGCUCAAUUCCGGCGCCCUAGGCUACAAGGGCGUAAUCGACGGCUACUUGAACGAACUACCCAGCGGAGCUUUACCAAAUUGGGUCGUUGGCAAUCAUGACAACCGUCGCACUGGCUCCAGACUAACCAGCAGAUGGAUCGACCAGAUCAACAUGAUUGCCGCCGUGCUUCCUGGGGUUGCCAUCAUCUACAAUGGUGACGAGAUCGGUAUGAUCGAUAGACCAAUGGCCUGGAACGAAACUCUUGAUCCAGCAGGAAUCAAUGCCGGCCCACUAAAUUACAAAUUCAAAUCUCGCGAUCCCGCGAGGACUCCCUUUCAGUGGGAUAAUUCAACUAGUGCUGGCUUCUCUUCCAAUCUCAAAACCUGGCUUCCAGUGAAUUCUAAUUACAAGACUGUCAAUCUUGCCAUUCAGAAGACCCAACCCUACUCUCACUAUUCACUUAUGAAAAAACUGAUCUCUUUGAAAAAAAGUCCUAUCCUCCGAAAUGGUACCACCGAAACUACUGUUGUCCAUUAUGCAUAUUUCGCGAUUGUGCGGAGGCUGCAAAAUCAAUCGCCAGUGGUUUUGCUGAUUAAUGUACACAAAACCCUUGUACGUUAUGAUAUCGCAGCUUUUAUUAAUGCUCCGGAUAAAAUGACAGUUUACGCCGCUAAUUCAUGGGCUAAUAUUUCAGUGGGUGUUCAAGUUGAUAUGACUAAUUUUGGUAUUGAUGGUUACGGUGCCGUCAUACUCAUUUAA